CCGCGCCCUCACCACUUCCUUGUUUACUGCCUUGUCAGUUUGGCUGGGGCGAGUGAAGCGGGCUAAUCUCUCGGUAACGCUGUGUUGCUGUGGGUUUGAGGAGUUUAUGGGCGCUGACAGGAACACAACGACGAGUAUAAACAGUAAAUCAGAGGUUUUAUAGUUCUUUUUGAGUGGAUUUUUGACAGCGCGCUCGUUAGCGAGCUUGCUAGACCACAGGCAGCAGCAGCCAUGAUGGCGUCCAGCUACACGGCGAAGGAGGAGGACGGCCACCACUCGGGCUCGGUCGCUGCAGGGGGCCCGGGCUCGUCCAAGAGCAAGAAACCGGACAACACAGCCUUUAAACAGCAGCGCCUGCCGGCCUGGCAGCCCAUCCUCACCGCCGGUACCGUCCUGCCCGCCUUCUUCGUCAUCGGCCUCAUCUUCAUCCCUAUCGGCAUCGGCCUGUUCGUGACGUCGAAUAAUAUCAGGGAGUUUGAGAUUGAUUACACUGGUGUUGAUACGAACAGUCCAUGCAACAGAUGUUCACAAACAUACAGCUGGAAUAUUUCCUGCACAUGCUCUGUGCCUUUCUCUCUCGAACAGCCGUUUGAGAGCAAUGUUUUUAUGUACUACGGGCUGUCUAAUUUCUACCAGAACCACAGGCGUUAUGUCAAAUCAAGGGAUGAUAGUCAGUUGAAUGGAGACAAAAGCUCUCUGACUAAUCCCAGCAAAGAAUGUGAGCCAUACCGCAUAAGUGAAAAGAAGCCUAUUGCACCAUGUGGGGCUAUUGCCAACAGUCUUUUUAAUGACACUUUGGAGCUAUACUACAUUUACCCAAAUGGUUCCAGAACACUUAUUCCUCUUGUGAAGAAGGGAAUUGCAUGGUGGACUGACAAGCAUGUUAAGUUUAGAAAUCCUCCAGGAAACAAUGACAACCUUACGAUUACAUUCCAAGAUACUACCAAACCUGUCAACUGGCACAAGCCAGUCUAUGAACUAGACCCCAAUGAUCCUGACAACAAUGGGUUUAUCAAUGAGGACUUUAUUGUGUGGAUGAGAACAGCUGCUCUGCCCACCUUCAGGAAACUGUACCGCAUCAUCCAGAAGAACAAGGACAACAUGACUCCAACACUGCCACGUGGAAACUACAGCCUGGAAAUUGCCUAUAACUACCCAGUACGUAGCUUUGACGGCCGCAAACGAAUGAUCCUCAGCACAAUCUCCUGGAUGGGUGGGAAGAACCCGUUCCUAGGCAUUGCCUACAUCACAGUGGGUUCUGUGUGCUUUUUCCUGGGUGUGGUCUUACUGAUUAUCCACCACAAAUAUGGCAACCGCAACAACAACGCUGACAUUCCCAACUAAAGCCUCAAGACUGCAGCAGAUUCUGUCUGGGACCUGCUAAAUGACAUGAGAUUUUAAAGUAUUGGUCACACUGCUGAACUACAAUGUAUUGCCUCAUUAUCUCAUGUCAGAUGAUCUUGUGUGCAUACAUACCUUAAAUCAUCCAGCACUGGUAUUUAAGUGCCUGUAAUGUGGUUACAGUAUUUAUAUAUUCUGCUCCAAGGCCAUGUUUUGUUCUGUGCUGUGAUGUAUUUGAUUUUAAAAUUAUUACAUCUUUUUCUAAAAUUAGAAAUUCUCUAAAUGAACAUUGAUUGGACUGUGAAAAGCAAAACUAUAAGAUCUACAUGGAUUAGCAUUAAAGAAAAAUGUUACACUGUUAUUUUAAAGGGUCACAUAUGGAGUAAAUUAAAUUAAAUGCAGGUAUUGUUUAAAUCAAUCAGUCAACCAUUAUUUGCACU